AUGGCCAGGGCACGUGUCAAGAAGCGCACCCAUACGCGCCCCCAGAAUGCCUCCGCGGCACCCAAGGGCGGCGCCGCUUCUAUGGCCAAGACUCCGAAGUCUAUGGUUAUUCGAGUUGGUGCUUCUCAAGUUGGUACCAGUGUCAGUCAACUGGUCAAGGAUGUGCGACAGAUGAUGGAGCCCGAUACAGCUGUGCGAUUGAAGGAACGAAAAUCCAACCGACUGCGCGAUUAUACAGUGAUGGCUGGCCCUCUCGGUGUCACUCACUUGAUGCUUUUCUCCAAGUCCAAGACCGGAAACACAAAUAUGCGAUUGGCUGUGACGCCCCGAGGCCCUACUCUUCACUUCCAGGUUGAGAACUACUCGCUCUGCAGAGACGUGGAGCGCUCAUUGAAGCGUCCGAGAAGCGGUGGACAGGACCACAAGACCCCUCCGCUACUUGUCAUGAACAACUUCAGCACAGCCGAUGCAGACGAAAACUCGAAAGUGCCGAAACGCCUGGAGACCCUCACGACUACGAUCUUCCAAUCCCUCUUCCCUCCUAUCAACCCUACUGCUACGCCCCUCUCUUCGAUUCGCCGCGUGAUGCUUCUGAACCGUGAACCCUCCGAGUCCGAUGAUGGUUCUUACAUUCUGAGUCUGCGACACUAUGCAAUUGCUACAAAGAAGACCGGCGUGUCAAAACGGAUCCGCCGUCUGGACCCCAAGGAAAUUCGCAACCGAGAGAAGAAGAAGACCGCUGUUCCCAACCUCGGCAAACUGGAAGAUGCCGCAGAAUACCUUCUCGACCCGUCCGCAGCUGGGUAUACAUCGGCCAGCGAGACGGAACUCGACACAGAUGCCGAGGUGGAGAUUGCCGAAAGCACGACGCGAAAGGUCCUUAGCAAGCGUGAAGCGCAGCGACAGAAGGCUGGAGACAAGGCUGAGAAGAAGCCCGCCACACCUGGUGUGGAGAAACGGGCCGUCAAGCUGGUCGAGCUUGGCCCACGUCUGAAGCUCCGACUUAUGAAGGUCGAGGAUGGCGUUUGCGAUGGCAAGGUAAUGUGGCACGACUACGUCACCAAGACCGAUGCGGAAGUCAGGUCUAUGGACCAGAGCUGGGCGGUUCGUCGCAAGGAGAAGGAAAAGCGCAAGAAGGAGCAGAAGGAGAACAUUGAACGGAAGAAGAAGGGUAAGGCGAAGGCCAAGGCCAAUGGAGAGAAGGUUGAGGAUGAGGACGACGAUGAGGACGUUGACAUGGACGAUGAGGAUUGGCUCAGCGAUGACUUUGAUGACGAGGAAGGCGAGCCGGAAGGGGACUCGGAUGAUACUAUGGAGGAGUGA